AUGCCGGCGGUGGACCUGCGCUUGUUUGAGCCGCUUGGCGCGGUGCACUGCAUCCUCAGCGACGAUGCCAAAGGCGCUGAUAUUCUGAACGGUGUUGCCGAGGCCCUGAGCCUCGCGAGUGACGACGCCGAGCUCUUGCGCCUCACCACGCGCGGCGGACGCCAGGUCGGCCACGACGAGGCGCUUCCCAGCACCGUGCUCGAGGUGCGCGUGCGCUGCCUCGGCGGCAAAGGCGGUUUCGGUAACCAGCUGCGUGCGCAGGGCGGGCGCAUGAGUGCGCGCAGCAACGGCAACACGGACUCGUGCCGCGAUUUAAACGGCCGCCGCCUCAGCACCAUCAAAGAGGCGAAGCGCCUCGCUGAGUAUAUGGCCAAGGAGCCCGAGCGCCAGAAAGCGCUCGACGAUGCGCAGACACGCAAGUACGCCAAGCUCGAAAAGAUGCUGGGCCGCAAGCCCAAGUCGACGGAAGACUUUGAGGAGGCCGCGCAGAAGCUCCACGACGCCGGCGACGCUCUCGAGGGGCAGCCCGAGGCGGGCCCCUCGACCGAGGCUGCGCCCACGAAGCGCAAGGAGCGUAUCGAGGACCACGAGUACGUCGAGCAGAGCCGCGAGAUUGUCGACAAUGUGCGCAGCGCCGUUGCCAUGGCCAUGAAGAAGCGCAAGGUGAAAAAGACGCCGGCGAAGCCUGUAGCGGCCAAGACGGCCUAG